AAUGAUGAUGGUAGCAAUACUCUUGUUCACUUGUAAACUAUCUUUCUCCCGCGAUUGAAGGGUUGUCUUCUCUCUCUCGAUUGGAUCUCCCUGAGUCUCAUCGUUCCCGAUUCUAGGGUUUCACAUCCAAUUACAACAAUUCCUCCAAUUCGCUUCGUUACUAGGGUUUCUCCGCUACCAGAUCCGUUUUCAAUUUCUUCUAUCGGAGCCUUUCCUUCACAUAAUUCAACAUGUUUUGGCGAAUGGCUGGAUUGUCUACCGCGUCUCCUGUGGAGACCAUUUUGGAUAGGGAGAAUUUCACUUUGGAGGAGCUACUUGACGAGGAUGAAAUAAUUCAAGAAUGCAAGGCUCUUAAUAGUCGUCUUAUAAAUUUUUUGUCCGGAAAAUCACAGGUUGAACAAUUGAUAAGAUACAUUGUUGAAGAAGCUCCCGAGGAUGCUGAAAAGAAGCGGACUUUUAAGUUUCCUUUUAUUGCUUGUGAGAUAUUUACCUGUGAAGUUGAUAACAUACUCAAAACACUGGUAGAGGAUGAGGAAUUGAUGAAUUUGUUGUUCUCCUUUUUGGAGCCAAAUCACUCCCAUUGUAACCUACUAGCUGGAUAUUUUAGCAAGGUAGUUGUAUGCCUGUUGUUACGGAAGACAGGUCCUUUCAUGCAAUAUGUUCAAGCUCAUCAGGAAAUUGUCAAGAAACUAGUUGAGUUGAUUGGGAUUACAUCUAUCAUGGAGGUUUUAAUUCGCUUGAUUGGUGCGGAUGAGCAUAUGUAUGUAAAUCAUGUGGAUGCGAUGCAGUGGAUUGAAGAUACUGAUGUGCUUGAGAUGAUUGUGGACAAGUUCAGUUCUUCAGAUUGUCCAGAAGUGCAUGCUAACACAGCAGAAACACUCUGUGCCAUUACACGAUUUGCUCCAGCGGGGCUUUCUGCCAAAAUUUCCAGCCCAAGCUUUAUAGGAAGAUUAUUCAGUCAUGCUCUAGAAGAUUCUCGGCCAAAAUCUGUCCUUGUUAACUCGUUAUCUAUAUGCAUAUCUUUGCUAGACCCUAAGAGAAUUUCUUUUGGAGCGUAUCAUUCUUUUAACCGUCAAAUGACUAAUGGAUCCACUGUAUCUGCAAAUCCUGAGACUGUUGAAGGCAUGCUAGAAAGCCUAGGUGAUCUACUAAAGCUUUUAGAUGUUUCUUCUGCCGAAAAUCUCUUGCCAACUACUUAUGGCAAGUUACAACCACCUCUUGGAAAACAUCGUUUGAAGAUUGUAGAGUUUAUGUCCGUCUUAUUAACUGUUGGUAGUGAAGCUGCUGAGAAUAGAUUGAUUGAUUUUGGUGCAGUACAAAGAAUUAUAAACUUGUUCUUUGAGUACCCAUACAACAACUUUCUGCAUCACCAUGUGGAAAAUAUUAUAAUGUCAUGCUUGGAGAGCAAGAGUUCUUCUAUUCGGGAACAUAUUCUCCGUGAUUGUGAUUUUGUUGGGAAAGUUAUUCAAGCAGAGAAGCAUUUUACAUUGGAAGCUGGUACAAACAAGCAGCCAACCUCAGCUGCUGAGGGCAAAUCACCACCCAGGAUAGGAAGCAUAGGCCAUUUGACCCGUAUUUCUAACAAACUCAUUCAGUUAGGGAAUAACAACAGUGUGAUUCAGGAGCAUCUGCAGGGAAAUAGUGAAUGGACGGAUUGGUACAUGAAUGUUUUAUCUAACCGGAAUGCUGUGGAAAAUGUCUCUCAAUGGGCGUGUGGGAGACCAACAGCAUUGCAUGACAGAAAUAGGGAUAGUGAUGAGGAUGAUUAUCAAGAUCGGGACUAUGACGUUGCAGCCUUGGCAAAUAACUUGAGUCAGGCCUUCCGUUAUGGCAUUUAUAAUAAUGACGAUGACAUGGAAGAGGUUGACAGGUCUCUUGAACGAGAUGAUGAGCAGGAUGUCUAUUUUGAUGAUGAAUCUGCGGAAGUUGUUAUAUCUUCUUUACGGUUGGGCGAUGACCACGAGAGUGGGUCUCUCUUCACAAAUUCCAACUGGUUUGCUUUUGAGGAGGAUAGAGAUCGAGUAGCCAAUGAACGAUCAACAGGCUCUCUUGCUUCCCCGUCACCUAAUGCUGAGGAGGAUAUUAAAAGUGCCAGCGAAGAUUAUAAAACUGCUAGUGAAGAUGAGGACUUAGCUGAUACUGCAACGUCUUCUCCAGAAGCAGAACCGAAAUCAGAACCUGUUGGAACUGAUAAAGCGGUCGAGUGGGUUGAAUGGAGGGAGUCUUUAGAUACCAGUGACCCUUCUGAGGUUCUUCCCAAUGGAGAACUUGAUGCUGCUGAAUCACCUUCUCCGUCAUCCAGUGUUGCAUUAACAAAGGAUGAACAGAUGGAUGCUGCACCAUUAGCAUCUCCGGAUGAGAACCUCAGCGUUGGACCCUCUGAUCAAACUCAAACAGAAAGUAAUAGUCCAAGUUCGCCUGCAUCCAGUUAUGUGGAUGCGGCAUUGGCUGAAGUUGGAGGAGACAGUAACACAACAGAUGACAAUAAAGGAAUUGAACAAAUGAGUAGCUAAUGUAAAUUUCUCUGAAUUGGCUUGGGUGAAACAUUAACCAGGUGGGAAGAUAAAACUUGGAUUCUGGCUGAGCAAGAGUAUUUGCACCUCUCUGCACGCUGUUUUAUUUUUUAUAGGAACAUUGAUUUUUUAUUCCCACCUACUUCUGAAGCUAGAAAUUCAUGCCUGAUUAUAUUUUAGCUCAUGCUGUUUAGGUGCUACUGAAUUCUUCACCUGUCCAUAUCAAUAUUUAGCUCGCCCAAUUAGGUGAUACUGAAUUUUCCCUUUUUUAAUUUUAAUUGUUCAUAUUGAUACAUCUCUUCUAAGUUUUUGGCAUGCAAGUUGAUUCCUUGUUUGACCUCUGAAACCAAACUUUUAUGAAUUUUUUAUCACGCUGCAAAUGAGAGUAAUGACAAAUUGAUGGC